UAUGUGACCGGUCGGCAAGGGAACAAGGUCGCGGUUCAGCGCAUUGCUCGUUUGUAACUUUGCUGGCAUUUACUGCCUUGUCGUCCGGGUGUGUGCACGUGUGUUUAGCUGACGGAGCGCGAUGUCAUCGGUGGCUAUUGUUUCGAGUGGCAUUGUGAUGCUGGUGACAGUGUUUUUGUGGUGGGUUGUGAAACACUUUGGCAGUGCUCUUCGGUAUGCCGGAAAGCUUGGAGGGCCCGUAGCAUACCCGCUGGUAGGGAAUGGAUUACUUUUUCUCUUCAAAACACCCGCUGAAUUUCUGUUGCGGCUGGGAUCCUUGAUCGAGGAAUAUGGUCAGUGUUUUCGCUUAUGGCUCGGCACACAACUCGUAAUAGUGAGCACUGAUCCGAAGGACAUUGAGGUUCUUCUCAGCAGUCCGAAAUAUAUCAGCAAAUCAGGUGAAUAUGACUUCAUAAAACCCUGGCUAGGGGACGGUUUGUUGAUCAGCGAUGGGCGUAAAUGGCAGGCCCGCCGGAAAGUGAUAACACCCUCGUUUCACUUCAAGAUCCUCGAUCAGUUUGUGGAAAUCUUCGAUCACCAGGGGUCCACGCUGGUUGACAUACUGCACCUGUUUGCGAAAUCAGGCGAAACAUUCGAUGUCUUUCCCCUGGUGACCCUGUACGCUUUGGAUGUGAUAAGUGAAUCGGCCAUGGGUACCAAAGUGAACGCGCAAAUCAACUCGGAAUCAGAAUACGUGAAGGCAGUGAAGGAAAUAACGAAUCUAAUACAAUUCCGUUUCUACGACUUUUUGCUACGCUACGACUUUUUCUUCCGUUUGUCCGCAAACCGACGCAAACAGCUGAAGACACUGGCGAUUCUGCACGGUUAUACCGAUAGCGUGAUUAGUGCGAGACGUAAAGAGUUGACGAAAAAGUCGCUGGCCGCUGCUGAUGACGCAAACGAAGAGACGAACGAUAAUGAUGUCGGUUCGAAGAAGCGUAUGGCCUUCUUGGAUUUGUUGCUACAGUCAACGAUCGACGGAAGACCCCUGACGGAUUUGGAGAUCCGUGAGGAGGUGGAUACCUUCAUGUUCGAGGGACAUGAUACUACGACGAGCGCGAUAAGCUUUCUUUUCCAUAGCUUAGCUCACAAUCCCCAAGUGCAGCAAAAAGUGUUCGAUGAAGUAAAAAGCAUAAUCGGUGACGAUCGGUCCCGUCCGGUGACGAUGGCAAUGCUGAACGAUAUGAACUACUUGGAUUUGGUCAUCAAGGAGACACUCCGGCUGUACCCCUCGGUGCCGAUGUUUGGACGGAAAAUGAUGGAAAACACCGAGAUCAAUGGAAAAAUAAUCCCUAGUGGCGCUAACAUGAUCGUCAUGCCAUUUUUCUUGGGACGCAAUCCGAAGCAUUUUCCCGAUCCGCUGGUGUUCGAUCCGGAGCGGUUCAACGUGGAGACGUCAGCAGAGAAGACGAACCCGUACCAGUACAUUCCGUUCAGUGCCGGGCCGAGGAACUGCAUCGGUCAGAAGUUUGCCAUGCUAGAGAUUAAGAGUGUGGCCAGCAAGGUGCUUCGCCAAUACGAGCUACUACCGCCGGCGGAGCCACAAAAGAUUUCGUUAAUUGCGGAACUGAUUUUGCGGCCAGAACAUGGGAUACCUCUACGCGUUAGGAAUCGCGCAGAGAUGGUGGCCAGUGAUGAUUACUGAAUCUGCUUUAAAGAACCGUUAUGAGUAUUGGGAAUUAAUUUGUAUUAAGGAAUCAUCAAUGCUGCAAGCGUGCCAUUGUAUGUUUUGACGGUAACCGAUAUUCAGGUAAGGUAAUGGGUGUUAUAAAUUUCUUUGAAAUGAGAAGUUCUUCUAUUUGAUUAUGCUACGGCAGUAAAACUGUCAAAACGGCUGGUACUUGGAACCAACGAACGGGUUGUGAAUCACAACUUGUGAUAUUUGUUAAAUUGAUUAAUAAAAUAAAAGCAACCAAAUU